CCGCCUUCGUUCCCCUCUGCCCUUUCCUGCGUCUCGGACUGCGAGAUCCACACACACUCUCUCACAAUGGUCAAGGAAACCAAAUACUACGAGGUCCUCGGUGUCGACCCGUCGUGCUCGGAAAAUGAUCUCAAAAAAGCCUACCGGAAGCUGGCUCUGAAAUACCACCCAGACAAGAACCCCGAUGCCGGUGAUCAGUUCAAGGAAAUCUCCCACGCCUACGAGAUUCUCUCCGACUCGAACAAGCGACAGGUCUACGACCAGUUUGGCGAGGCCGGUCUGAACGGCGACGGUGGCAUGGGCGGCGGCAUGCCGACCGAUAUUUUCGAGCAUCUGUUCGGUGGCGGCCAUAGCAACUUCUUUGACCGUCGGCCCCAGGGCCCCCGCCGCGGCAAGGACAUGCUUCACAGCCUCAAAGUCAGCCUCGAGGACCUCUACAAGGGCAAAGUCUCGAAGUUGGCCCUGCAGAAGCAGGUGCUCUGCGCCAAGUGCGACGGCAAGGGCGGCAAGGACGGCGUUGCCCCUAGCACCUGUCAGGGCUGUGGUGGCCGCGGUAUCAAGGUUGUCAUCCGCCAGAUGGGUCCCAUGAUCCAGCAGAUGCAGCAGACCUGCCCGGACUGUAACGGCGAGGGCGAGAUCCUCAAGGAGAAGGAUCGCUGCAAGCAGUGCAACGGCAAGAAGAUCAACACCGAGCGCAAGAUCCUCGAAGUCUUUAUCGAGAAGGGUAUGCGCUCGGGCCAAAAGAUUCCCUUUGCCGGUGAGGCCGACCAGGCCCCUGGCAUCAUCCCGGGCGACAUUAUCAUUGUUCUUGAGGAGAAGGAGCACGCGCGAUUCACCCGCAAGGAUGAUGAUCUGUUCAUCAAGGUCAAGAUUGAUCUGCUGACUGCGCUGACUGGCGGCCAGUUCUCCAUCAAGCACCUCGACGACCGCAUCCUGCUCGUCAACAUCCUCCCGGGAGAAGUCAUCCGCCCUGGAGCACGCAAGUGCAUCCGCCACGAGGGCAUGCCUCGAUACAAGAACCCCUUCGACAAGGGCGGCCUCUUCAUCGAGUUUGAGGUCGAGUUCCCCGAGAACAACUGGGUCACCGACGAGGCCAAGUUCAAGCUGCUGGAACAGGUCCUGCCUGCUCGCCAGCCGCUGCCUGCGUUCGGCAACGCUGUCAUCGACGAGGUCGUCCUGGCCGAUGAUGAGCCCUCGUCCGGAAACCGAUCACGGUACGCGCACGACGACGACAUGGACGAAGACGAGCGCGGACACGGCCCCCAGGUGCAGUGCGCCCAGCAGUAAAGGAUGAGUGGGGCCGCGUCCCUGCUGAUCAUAAGAAGGCUGUUUUUUGCCGGCGGGUGGCCUCGUUCUGUCUCCAAGCCUGCGCUGCCCCCUCCCACCGAUCUGCACCAACGCUCGUCAAGAAGCAAGGCAGACACGCAUCUUCUGCGAGAAGAGAGAGGGUCAUUUCAUAUUCUCAACUACCCCGUCCGCCCCGCUGGCUCCACACAGCAUUCCCUGCUGGCCUUGCCACCACGCCAUCAUCACCACCCACCGCCCCCUUGGUUCAUCUUCACCCCCCCCUCCUCCCUCUCCGCCCUUUCCACGAUUCAUUUCUUUGCACGAUCCAGCCGCACACUUGUCAUGCAACCUUUAUGUACAGUCUGUGCAGAAUUUAAAAGAAAAAACGAGACUGUGCCCACUUUGAGUGCAUCGGUCACUCUGUUUUGGCUUCAGAGGUACA